GACAACUAAUUCAGUGUAGCUGGGGCAGGGACUCAACUAUAUAUUCAGACAUUGCAGUGACGUUGUCUGAAUUGGAAAAGAUAUUUCCUUCGUCUUUCUUCACUGUGAUGGUACAUUUGGUCAUGCACUUAGCUACUGAAGCCAAGAUUGGUGGUCCAGUUUAGUACCGUUGGAUGUACCCAAUUGAGAGGUACCUCUCACGCCUUAAGUCUUACGUAAGAAAUAGGGCUGCUCCAGAAGGGUGUAUUGCCGAAGGAUACAUAGUGGAGGAAUGUUUAACGUUUUGUUCACGGUAUAUGGAAGGAAUUGAAACUAUAUUCUCACGACCCACAAGGACGAUGGAGGAGUCAACAGGGGCAGUUUCAAGUGUGGCACUAGACAAUAGGGAGUUGACCCAAGCUCAUCCCUAUGUGCUAUUCAAUUCCGAGAACAUUUACCAGUUUCGUGAGAUGCACAAAUGUUUGACGAAGGACGAACUUCAAAAGGGCCACUGUCGUAUAUCCAAUGCUACUAUUUAUAAGCACCACAUGGAGAACUUUUGUGGCUGGUUUAGAUCUCACGUGAUGUCAAUGACUGCUACUGAUAGGGAAAGAACUGGACUUACUGAUACACUUGCCACGCUUUCCAAAGGGCCAUAUACUUCAGUAAAUCGGCUGAAACAUUAUGUCAUAAAUGGGUUAAAAUUUAGGAGUUCAAAUAUCGAGGGAAAUAGAAAAACACAAAAUAGUGGAGUUAGUGUUGCCACUGAAGGUGGCAAUACGUACUAUGGUGUGUUGACAAACAUUAUUGAGUUGAAUUAUUCUGGCAAUAUCAAACAUGUGUUAUUCAAGUGUAAAUGGGUUGAUGAUCAAAAUAGGAGGGGAUAUAAGACUGAUGAAUUUGGGUUUCCUAUGGUGAAUUUUACUCAUUCCGUACAUGGUAGGGAGGAAAUGGUGCAUGAACCAUAUGUGUUGGCAUCUUAAGCUACACAAGUUUUUUAUGUUGAAAAUAAAAGACAAAAAGAUUGGUAUGUCGUCGUUAAAAUGAAAGCCAGAGAUGUAUUUGAUGCAAGUAUUGGGCCCUAUUGUGAUGAGGAUGACACAGAUGAGUUUCUUGAGAACAUCCCGUACUCUCUCACUAGUCCUGAUGUUGGUAGGGAUGACCUUCGUUGGGGUCAAGAUGAUGUGGAAGGAAUGAAAAUUGAUGCCUCUAUCAUUGGCCAAAGAGAUCUUCAUGAAAUGGACGACUUGGAUGAGUGUGAGUUCAUUGAUGAUGACUUCAACGAUGAAGAUGACAACGAAGUCGAUUACAGUGAUGAUGAGUAGUGUAAUAGGAUACUGCUGUGGUAUGUGUAAUUGUGUUAUAGUUACUAUUGAAAUUAUAAGUUCU